AUGGGCGAUGUCAUUAAUUACCCGUUUUCAAUGUGGCACAUUCUUUGUGGAAUACUUUUGUACGCUUCUGAUUCAAUUUGCGCAGAUAUUCGUUACUCCAUUCCCGAAGAAUUAGAGCCUGGUGCCUUUGUCGGCGACAUUGCUCGGGAUUUGGGGUUAGACGCUGCUCAGCUUGCGGCUCACAAGUUUCGGAUUAUAUCUGAACAGAAAUUGAAAUAUCUGGACGUGAAUUUUAAAACAGGAACAUUGGUCAUAAACAAAAAAAUAGACAGGGAACAGCAUUGCCAUCAGGACCUUGUCUGUGUAAUGAGGUUGGACGCUGUGACUGAAAAUCCGGUAAAGCUAUAUCGUGUUGAAAUAGAGAUUACUGAUAUAAAUGACAAUUCGCCCAUAUUCGAUAGAAGAGAAUUCAGCUUCGAAAUCUCAGAAAUGACGUCGCCCGGAGCGCGCUUCAGGCUUCAGAACGCGAAUGACCCGGAUGCCGGGACCAACAGUGUCCGCACCUAUGAACUCAGCCGCAAUGAACAUUUCAUUUUGGAUCUGCAAACCAAUAAGGAGCAAACAGACACGCCAAUUCUAGUUCUUGGGCGAUCACUGGACCGAGAACAGCAACCCAUUCAUCAGUUAACGCUGAAGGCGAUUGAUGGAGGAACGCCUCGCAGGACCGGAACCACACGCUUUGCCAUCACAGUAGUUGAUGUGAACGACAAUGCACCAGUUUUCGAACAGGAUGUCUAUCAGGUCACGAUCCCAGAAGAUGUACCGUCAGGCCUGUUGAUAUUGCAAGUCAAGGCCGUUGAUAUGGACGAAGGCCUGAAUGGUGAGGUAGUCUAUUAUUUUAGCGACAACACUCCCAGUACAAUACGUAGACGAUUUAGAGUGGACGCGGGAAGUGGAGAAAUAAAAGUAAUUGGCAGCCUGGAUUUUGAAGAAGCCCAUGAUUAUGCCAUAUCUGUCCAAGCUAAAGACCGUGGAUCAGUGGCUGUUGCCGCAUACUGUAAAGUUAUGGUCAACGUUACCGAUGUUAAUGAUAAUGCUCCUGAAAUAACAGUAGCCUCCACAUUCAAUCCGCUUCGAGAGCAAGCUCCUCCAGGGACUGCAGUAAUUCUUAUAAAAGUAAUCGAUGCGGACUCUGACGAGAAAGGAGAGGUUUCCUGUCGUGUCAGACAAAACAGUCCCUUUAAGCUUGAUAGUUCGUUUAAUAAUUAUUACGCAGUGGUCACUAUGAGUGUCAUAGAUCGUGAAACAAAUCCUGAGUAUAACAUUACUGUUACAUGCGAGGAUGGAGGUUCCCCUCCGCUCCAGACCAACAAAACCAUCCCAGUUCAAGUCUCCGACAUAAAUGACAACGCGCCGCGCUUUACGCAGCCUUCGUUUACCAUGUAUGUGAUGGAAAAUAAUGCUAUGGGCUUUUCUAUCGGUUCUGUGUCAGCGUUUGAUCCAGAUUACAGCCAAAACGGUAAAUUAAGCUAUAACAUUUUGGACAGCCUCGUUCAUGGUUUGUCUAUAAUGAGUUUUGUCUCAAUAAAUUCAGCCAGUGGUGCGAUCUACGCAGAAAAGUCGUUCGAUUACGAGCAAAUUAAAACGUUUCAAGUCCAUGUGGAAGUAAAGGAUGCUGGAUUCACCCCGCUAGGUAGCAACGCAACUGUGAAUGUCAUCAUCACAGAUCAGAAUGACAAUGCCCCUGUGGUCUUGUCACCUUUGCCAAGAGAAGGAUCCGCAGCAGAGGACACGAUGCCUAAAACUGCCAAUUCGGGUUACUUGCUUGCAAAAGUAACAGCCAGCGAUGCCGAUUCUGGACAGAACGCCCAAAUUUCCUAUCACAUUCUUCAGCCCACUGAUGAAAGUCUGUUCAUUGUGGCUCCUGAAACAGGGGAAAUUUGGACUAUUCGCCUCUUGGAGCAGAAAGAUCCACUCAGGCAAAAAAUCGUGAUUCUGGUGAAAGACGGUGGAACCCCAUCCCUUUCAUCUACAGUCACCAUCAAUGUAUCAGUGCUGCAUGGUGACACCGAAAAUGCAUCCAGUAUCGGUUUGUUAUGGACAUCUGGGCCAUGGAAGUCAGAUCUAAACUUUUGUUUAAUCAUUUCGUUCGGCAUAACUUCGUUCAUCUUGCUUUUGGCUAUUGUAAUACUCAGUAUUAAGGUUCACAGAGGCGGAAGGAAAAUUAAUAGUUGUUGCUGGAACGUGACGUACUUUUCCAGAAGGGGUUCGUUACGUGGAAUUCAGAAGGUUAGGGUGAAUCUUCAGGUACCACUAGGUUAUACGGAUGCAUACGAAAGCGAUUCCUUCCCACAAUCAUUUCUCUAUGAAGUGGGCCCUGAUUCAGCUAUGAGUGAUUUCAUAAAGUUACAUGGCUCGUCCGCACCAAUAAUUUAUAUCAGAACUGGAACCUGUGUGGCUGCAGAACACAGAAACGCAUCAAAACCUGCGAACAAAGAAACCACUACAAUUCAGGAGAGUGUGGAAAAUGACAGUAAGACCUUUGUGUUUAAUGAGUUGAGUGACAAGGAACCAAUGCAAGUCGUUGACGACAGAAGCCAUGAACAACAGGAGGCUAAACAUGCGAAAAUUUGCAGAAGAAAAAGGAUGCUGAAAUGUAGCUGGAGAUCCAGCACCACUCCCAUUACACCAAACACUAAGCAGUACCGAAGAAACGAGCAACAAUCAGCUCCCUGCUUACAUAGACAAAACAAGGCUCGAGAAGAUUUGUAUCAGGAGACAAAACGAAGAGUUAGCACUGUUGUACGCAAGUUACAACUUUUCACCUGGAUAACCCAGCAAACAGCGAACAAACUGGCAUUACUGAACUGGUACUGGAGCGACCCCUACCGGGAGCAACGAUCGACUCAUCGGUUACCACCGACGGCGGUUGCUGGAGGAAUUCCCCCAAAUUCGGGACCACCCAUAUUAACAUUACUGUGCUUGGUGCGAAAGACAAAGCCCCAGUUUGCGAAAAAACUUCUUGCGAAAAAAAUCUUCUACCAAACCACCACUGCGGUGGAUAUGGACGAAGGUCCAAAUGGUAAGGUAAUCUAUUCUUUCAGCGGUCACACACCUAUUAGAGUUCGGGAAGUAUAUAGCUUAAAUUGGGUAAACGGAGAAAUAAUAGUAACCGUCAUUGUGGACUUUGAAGAAGCAAUGGUGCAAACUAAUGACGGAAGUACAUUUCCACUUCUAGGAUACUGUGAAGUGUUAAUGAAGGUCACCGGUGUUUUGAUAACUGCUCUAAAAUAG